AUGGGUUAUCCAAAAGAAACACAAAUUUAUGUAGCAUCUGGUCAAGUCUAUGGUGGCCAAAACCGUAUGGCUCCACUAAGAAAUAUGUUCCCAAAUUUGGUAACAAAGGAGGAUUUAGCAGGAAAAGAGGAACUAACAACCUUUAGAAAGCACGUAACAAGCCUCGCGGCUCUAGAUUUCUUGGUCUGCUUGAAAUCAGAUGUUUUUGUGAUGACACACGGUGGAAACUUUGCAAAACUGAUCAUUGGAGCGCGAAGAUAUAUGGGUCAUCGACAGAAAUCAAUCAAACCGGACAAAGGAAGAACAGUCAAAAACAUUCCUAAAUAUGCAGCAGCCCAAUUUUAUAUAGACAAUGUUUUACCACGGAUAAAGGAGAAGAAGAUUAUGGCCUUAAAGCCUUUCGUCGAUCGACUUGGGUACGACAAUGUACCUCAAGAAAUCAACAGAUUACGAUGCCGUGUAAAUUAUCAUGCUCUCAAAUUUCUCCCAGAGAUAGAGCAGAUGGCUGAUUCACUUGUUUCUAGAAUGAGAAAUCGCACUGGCAACCCGAAUCCGUAUAUGGCCCUUCAUCUUAGAUUCGAAAAAGGAAUGGUUGGUCUAUCGUUCUGUGAUUUCGUUGGGACAAGAGAAGAGAAAGUUAAAAUGGCAGAAUACAGACAAAAGGAAUGGCCUCGGCGUUUCAAGAAUGGUUCCCAUCUCUGGCAGCUUGCCUUGCAGAAACGCAAAGAAGGUCGGUGCCCUCUUGAGCCAGGUGAAGUUGCUGUGAUCCUACGUGCAAUGGGUUAUCCAAAAGAAACACAAAUUUAUGUAGCAUCUGGUCAAGUCUAUGGUGGCCAAAACCGUAUGGCUCCACUAAGAAAUAUGUUCCCAAAUUUGGUAACAAAGGAGGAUUUAGCAGGAAAAGAGGAACUAACAACCUUUAGAAAGCACGUAACAAGCCUCGCGGCUCUAGAUUUCUUGGUCUGCUUGAAAUCAGAUGUUUUUGUGAUGACACACGGUGGAAACUUUGCAAAACUGAUCAUUGGAGCGCGAAGAUAUAUGGGUCAUCGACAGAAAUCAAUCAAACCGGACAAAGGGUUGAUGUCGAAAUCAUUUGGGGAUCCUUACAUGGGAUGGGCAACUUUUGUUGAAGAUGUAAUUGUAACCCAUCAAACACGAACCGGUUUGCCAGAAGAAACUUUCCCUAACUAUGAUCUUUGGGAAAAUCCUCUCACUCCAUGCAUGUGUAAAGCUUGAUGAUGAUGCUUUUGUUUUGAUUUGAAAUGAGAUGAGUUUGGUCUGGAUUUUGUCUGAUGAUGAGGAGCAACAAACUAUAGAAAUCGGUAGUUUCUUUUU